AUGAACGACUCCACUGCAGUGUCCGCAGAUCAACCGCAAGCCGGUGCUGCAGCUGCCGCAGCAGCCGCCGCCGCCUACGAUCCCAGCAUCUACUAUACGCAACAGAGUCCGCGCAUCAACACGGACAUCACAACGCUGACGAGUUUUGCCGCAGCGCCGCAGCAAGCUAUCGAUUAUUCAUCGCAGUAUGAUAUUUAUCGGUAAGUCGGGAUUUUUUUGGGAAUUUUCCUACCUUGGCGGUUUCUGGGGCUACCAAAAAUCUUUGCAUUUUCUACCUUCUCUAAAAAUUUUUUUUUGAAAAUAUUUUGGCUUCGAUAUUUUUUUCACAACAAAAAAAUCAAUAAUUUUUUCGUGCCAAAAACGAUUUUCUAAAUAUUUACAUUCUAAUUUUUGCGGUCCUUAAUCCCUCAGUUUCCGCUAAAUUCAUAUAAACUAACUAAUUUUGGAGCAUUAAAAUGCUCCAAAUAAUAAAUAAUGCUCCCAGGGAACUUUUUUGCACCCACACACACACACACCAAUUUGUCACCUUGUCACCUUGUCACCAAAAUUUGUAGCCACCACCACCCAACCGCAGAAAACCGGGUGGUGGGUGAUUUAUCGGUGACCUAGUGACCUAUGGGAAAUACACAGUGCCGCCACAUGGAGAAUGCGAGGCCUGAAAUUGAGAUGAGCCUGAAAAGCCUAGAAAAAUGAGCCUUAAAAGCCUCUAGAGUUAGUCUGAAUAUAGAAAAAUGAUCAAAAAAUAGGCUCAGAGCCCUGAAGUGCUCCUGGGCUCUGAGUGAGCUCACCGGAUUCCCAAAUGAAUCCAGAUGCGACUGAAUGAGAUGUCCGGGGCGAAGAAGCAUGUGUCUUUUUCGUCAAACAUCAGCUGCGCAACCAACUGAUGUUUUGUUUCUAGGCUCAGCUGCCACCUGAGUUGAGCUAAGUUGAGCAACUGUGCAUGCAAAACUGACUGUUGCGGCUCCAGGAGCAGCAGAAGCUCAUCAUUUUUUCGUGUUGAAACAUAGGUCUUUUAAUUUUUUGGACAAAAAUCCGGAGAUUUCUGUCCUAACAUGAGCAAUUCUCAAAAAAUUUCAAAAUAUUUUUUUCUUGUAAAUUUCUGUCCUAACAUGAGCAAUGCUCUAAUAUUUUCUAGAAUAAAAUGUUUUCUAGAUUUUUAUCCUAACAUGAGCAAUGCUCUAGGAAUUCUAGAAAAUUGUUUCUCUAGAUUUUCAUCCUAACAUGAGCAAUGCUCCAGAAAUUUCAGAAUAUUUUUUUUCUAGAUUUUUGUUUCAAAAUUUUCAAGUUUCCAGAUAAAUUUGCCACGUGGAUUUUCCGAUUUUCAUAAGUUUACCGUAGUUCUAAAUAUUAUCUUUUUUUGUAUCAAAAAAAUAUCUGACUACAGUAACCCCCACAUCUAAAUUCCACGUGGCAAAUGAAACUACCGUACUUUUCCAAAUUCUCAAUUGCUUCAGCUUCAUUCCCCUUCCAAAAUCUUGAUAAAAACUACAGUACCCCCCUCAACUUCUGCUAUCUCUCUUUCUCUGCGUCUCUUCGCCAGUCAUUUAGCUGUUCAUCAAAAAAUAAAAGAGAGUAUCCGAAAAAAGCGCGACGACAGCUGCUCACUUUUUCGGAGCUGCUCGGCUACCUUUAUUUUACAACAACAUGAUGAUAUAGGUGUAAUAGAAAGAAAAAUGGAUAGAUGGAUAUAUGUAUUUUGAUGGGAAAAUAAAGAUAAGGGGAUUUUUGACGGGUAGGAAAAUUAUGGUGCGAUUUCCUACAGCCUCAAGAAUCCAGGUGGACAAUUUGAAUACUGUUUUUUAUCUCCUUAAAUUUUCUUGAAGUAGGAAAGUUAUGGUGCGAUUUUUGACAGCCUCCAGAAAUUCUAGAAGUAGGAAAAUUAUGAUAGGAUUUUUGACAGCCUUGAGAAAUUCUAGAGGUAGGUAAAUUAUGAUAGGAUUUUUGACAGCCUCAAGAAUCCAGGUGGACAAUUUGAAUACUGUUUUUUAUCUCCUUAAACUUUCUUGAAGUAGGAAAGUUAUGGUGUGAUUUUUGACAGCCUUGAGAAGUUCUAGAGGUAGGAAAAUUAUGAAAGGAUUUUUGACAGCCUUGAGAAGUUCUAGAGGUAGGAAAAUUAUGAAAGGAUUUUUGACAGCCUCCAGAAUUUCUAGAGGUAGGAAAAUUAUGAAAGGAUUUUUGACAGCCUUAAAAAUUCCACAAGUAGGGAAAUUAUGGUGCGAUUUUGGACAGCCUUAAAAUAUUAGGCGAAUUUGGGUAGGAUUUCUGAGAGCCUUGAAAAGUUUUGUCCCGAGUAAAAAAUCACAACGCUCAGCUCCUACCCCCCCCCUUAUUUUACCUCAUUUUGUACCCCCUUCUCUUCCCCUCUCACCUACCGUAAUCCCCUACAGUAACCCACCAAUUUACAGUAGUCAAAACACGUUCUACUAUCAACCAUACGGUCAACCAACUUCAUCUUUCUACCCGGAUUUGAGCAGUUUCAAUGUGCCAGUAGCUGCUCCGCGAGCCCCUCAAAAUCUCUCGACUUCUUCUCAACAAUCCGACAAUUUUGCGUCUACCGUAGUCCUUGAGGCGAAACCUACAGUAAUCUCGAAGGCCGAAAAUGGUCCCGCGGCGAAGAAGCGCAAGAGUACUGUACUUCAUCAUGAUGAGGACGGAGGUGCGAAUAAUGGAGAUGGAAAUCCGCCAAGGAGAACUAAAAGUGAGUACGGUGGGAAGAGUACUGUAGAUAUGGGUUACUGUAGGCACAAUUUUUUGAUCUACAGAAAUUUUUAGAAAAUUUAAAUUGAUGUCUACGAGUAGCUACAGUAACCCAAGGGUACUGUAGGGUUUUUGGCCGGAUUGUUUCAUCUACAACAAUGCUCUUAACAUGAGCAACACCAAAUUUAGGUUCAAAAUUAUGCUCUUAACAUGAGCAAUGCCAUAUUUUCACUCAAAAUAAUCGAUUUUAGGCUCAAAAAAUCGCAAAUUCUCCCAAUUUUCAGUCAAAUUAAAGCUCAAAAUUUUGCAGUUUCAGUGGAUCGUCGAAAAGCGGCAACAAUGCGCGAACGUCGCCGCUUGCGCAAAGUCAACGAGGCUUUCGAAGUCGUCAAACAACGAACGUGCCCGAAUCCGAAUCAGCGACUUCCGAAAGUCGAAAUUCUGCGAUCCGCCAUCGAAUACAUCAAUAAAUUGGAGGGAAUGUUGCAGGCGGAGGGGAAAAUGACGAAAAUCAUGAGCCAGAAUCAGGCACUACAAAUGCAACAGCAAAUGAAUGGACAUCCGCCGCAUGAUUAUAUGGUGAGUAGGGGGGUACUGUAGUUUUUGGCGCGAAAAAUUUGAACCAUUUUAUGUUAAAAUUGAUGAAAAACUAGCCUAGGAAGUUUUUCGUGAGUACUGUACGACCCUAGAAAUCCUUAAAAAUUUUGUUAAUAUGAGCAAUGUCCCAAAUUUUCGAAAAAUUCCAAAUUGUCCCUUUUCUCAUACAAAAUCCUAGAAUUUUCGUUAACAUGAGCAAUGACCAAAAUUUUCUAAAAGUUCCAAAGCAAUCCCUUUUCUCAUAGAAAAAAAUUCAAUUUUUGGCAAAUACUCUGCGUCUCUAACUCCUAAUUUUCUAGUGAUUUCUAACCGUCUAGAAGUCUAGCUUCUCUAACAUGAGCAAUAUUAUCAUGUCUGGUGUCAAAUUAAAGCGCUUAACAUGAGCAAUGUCAUAUUUAGGCUCAAAAUGAUGCUCUUAACAUGAGCAAUCCAAAAAUUCCAGACUUCCUCUCAUUUCGCCUCAACCUCAUAUCAUCAAGAUGGUGGAGCUGGCGGCGGAGCCUUUGAUGAUGAUGACUUAUCAGAUUCGGAUGUUGAUGACGUCAUCGAUUCGUCGAAUCAAACUACAAACAACGCGAAUUCCAACCAACAAAACACGAAUCAAGAGCUCGGUGAGCAUCUUAUUCAAAAGUAACUUUUUUGGAAAUUUGGACUAACCAGCCAUUUUUUGAAAUUCAAUAAAAAAUUAUUGAUUAUUUUUUGCAGCUACGGAUUCGAUGCAAAAGAGAAACUCACUGGAUCGACUUACGCGAAUAGUGGAAAAUAUACGUGAGUUUUUUGGCGGUAAAAUCUUAAAUUCAAGUUUAUUUAUUUAAAAAUAUCGAUUUUUGCAGCCAACGAAGAUCAAAUGGUCGAAAACAUUCAACUUCAGCCGCAAAAUGA